UACCGAAUGGAGGGAGCGAGUGAACUAUAUAUAUAUAAAAAUAUUGAAUAAUUAAGCAAGAGAGGGUAGCAACGAUUAGAAUGAGCUGCGAAGGCGAAGCAGAAUAUUUCUGCAAGGACUUCGAUUGGGAAGAACUAAGAGCAGAGGUGGAAGCAAACCCUUGCUUUCGCUACCACUUUGAUUCCCUUUCUUCUUCUUAUUCAACACAAUCACCGUCACCAUCUGCAGAAUCAGAUGUACAAGCUUGGAAGCAAUUUCACAUCCGUCAUGCCUCCGGGAAAUUCUUCAAGGAGAGGCGCUACUUGUUAAAGGAGUUCCCAGAACUACUUUCCUGUCCCCCAUAUUCUAAGCUCUUAGAAGUGGGUUGUGGCAAUGGCAGUACUGUGCUUCCUAUACUUAGGGCCAACAAAGAUGUGAUUAUUUAUGCAUGCGACUGUAGUAAUGAGACUCUUGAGAGGGCUAAAGAGUUUAUAAGUGCCACCACAGUUGCCUCUUUGAUGCAUCGUUUCCAUACUUUCUGUUGUGAUCUUUCCACUGAUGGAUUCCCAAACUGGUUGGCAUGCAACCCUUGCCAAGAUAAAUUUUUACAAAAGCAGUCAAACUGUUUGUCAGAUGUCAAAGAGGAUAAUGGACUGCAUUUUACCAGUCCAUAUUCAUCGGAAGAAUGUGACUCUUGUGUUGGCGGAGUAGAUUUUGUAACAAUGAUAUUUACUCUAUCAGCAGUACCACUGGAAAGGAUGCCAAGGUCCAUCACGGAGUGUUUUACUGUGUUAAAACCUGGAGGCAUGGUUUUAUUUAGGGACUAUGGUCUCUAUGAUAUGACCAUGCUUCGAUUUGAGUCAGACAAGAAAGUGGGAUUCAGGGAAUACAUGCGGUCAGAUGGAACACGAUCAUAUUUCUUUUGUUUGGAUACUGUACGGAACCUAUUUUUGUGUGCAGGCUUCACUGAGCUCGAGCUUGAUUACUGUUGUGUUAAGUCUGUAAAUCGCCGGAAAGGGAAGAGUAUGCGAAGAGUGUGGGUUCAUGGGAAGUUCCAGAAGCCUGCACUGAAUUAGUUAUUAAUAAUCUGUCUUGGCGUGCUUUGUGAAGUCGGAAGAAAAUGUACACAUAUUUGUGUUUAUCAUGGAUUGUUUUUAGCUACGCUGAAGAUUGUAAAAGAGAGACAGCUAGAAAAGACUUGUGAAGAACUUUGUUGUUUCUGUAUUCCUUUAUUUUCUCUCCUAAAUUUUGGUGUGUUGAGAAUCUGAAAUUGUUAUUAUUAGAAAAGAAAGUAUAGAAGAUCUCUUGGGCUUAGCAAAAUAACCGGUGAACCUAUACCACAUUUAGAACCGACCCGAAUUGAACCAAAAAAACCGGUUUUUCAAACCAAAUCAUAAACCAAAACCAUUUUUAAUAUUUUAAAAUAAAUCACUUAUGAACUGAUUCUAAAUUUAUUUGUAAAGUAGAACCCUAAUUUUUUCACUUACGAAGCCAAUCUCGAAAUUUACCAUUGAGGUUGUUGUUCUACCAUGUAUCAUUGAGAUUACGAGUGUGCAUUGCUUACUCUAGCUCUCCACUCCCUUCAUCUUCAACUUUAAACCCCGUCAUUGUGCCAUCUGAAGUCGUUCGUUGUGGUAAGUUGUUUUUUUUUCAUUCAGUUUUCGUUAUGCAAUCCUUAAACUGAUUUAGGGAUCUAGGUAUUAAUUAUUAAAUUUUGAGGGUUUUUGAUUUCUGAACAAGUAGGGUUUAUUUUCUAAUUUGGGUGUUAUCUAAGUCAAAAUUUGUAGCCACUUGAUGCUACAAUAUUAGGAUUAUUUGAGGCAUUUUGUUAGCUUUACAUCCAAAAUAUGUUUUGAACUAUAUAGGCGCUGGGUCACUUUGAUUUGGUUCGGGUCAUAUCUUCCUAUUAUAUAAUUAUCUAGAUUAAAGCAAUUUCAGGUUUUCUUAUGGACCACUCUUCUAUGUAAAUUGGGAAUAUGAUUGCAUUUCUUGUUGGAUAGUGAUACAAUCAGGCCCAAGACGCACAAAAGGGACCAAGCAAGACGGGUAUGGAUCCAAGAUAAGCAAGGCCCAAAUGCUUCAGAAGAGCAGCUCUCAGAUAAUGCCAUGUCAGCAGUAGGAAGUCACAAGAAUACCCCUUAACUGACUAGUGCAUGCUGGGCCAUGAGUUGGUUAUAUAGAGCGUGGGAAGGAAUGGAGAGGGGAGGUUGAAUAUGGGAGAAGCAAGUGCUUAGGAGAGUGUGGGACCUCUAUAAUUGUCUCACUGUUAUCUUUUCAUUUCCAUUGUA